AUGUCGGACCUUAUAAGACAACGUCCGGUAUUUGUUGCAUUUAUCACCGCGGGAUACCCUGAGCCAGAAGAUUGUGUCGAAAUUCUGCUUGGACUUGAGGAAGGGGGUGCCGAUAUAAUAGAACUCGGAAUACCCUUCACCGAUCCUUUGGCUGACGGACCAGUUAUUCAAGAAUCCAGCAAUGUAGCUCUUGAACAUAAAGUCGACAUUCCACAAUGUUUGUCAUUUGUUUCUCAAGCACGAGCCCGUGGUCUCAAGGCACCUGUAAUCUUUAUGGGUUAUUACAAUCCAAUUCUGAGUUAUGGAGAAGAAAAAAUAGUAGAAGAUUGUAAAAAAGUCGGAAUUAAUGGUUUUAUUGUAGUUGACUUGCCACCAGAAGAGUGUGAUAAUUUACGAGAAAUUUGCACGCGUUAUGGCCUAAGUUAUAUACCUCUUAUGGCUCCUUCAACAACCGACUCUCGCAUUAAGCACCUUGCACAUUUUUCCGAUUCAUUCAUCUAUGUCGUAUCAAGGUUGGGAACAACUGGUUUUCGCGAUCAUGUUGAUAAGGGGUUGCCAAAUCUUAUUUCCAGAAUCCGUAAAUACACUGACUUACCUCUUGCAGUUGGAUUUGGAGUUACAACUAGAGAACAUUUCAAAAGUGUUGCAUUACACGCUGAAGGCGUAGUAAUCGGCAGUAAAAUUAUAAAUGUUCUGAAGGAAGCUGAAAAAGGAAAACGUGCUGAAUUAGUAAAAUCUUAUGUGUCUCAAGUAUGUGGCUUAUCAGAGAGGAACCAACUAGAAAAUAAAUUUGAUAAUGAAAAUGCGAACAAAAGUCCAACCAUUCAAAGUAAUGAAAGUAAUCUCGGAAUCUCAAAUGAAGAUGAAAGUAUGCAACCUAUUAUAUCUGCUCGAUUUGGAGAAUUUGGGGGACAAUAUAUUCCAGAAGCUUUAUUCGAUUGUAUACAAGAGCUUGAAAAGGCAUUUGUUUUAGCCAAAGAUGACCCUAAAUUUUGGGAAGAAUUUCGUUCAUAUUAUGAUUAUAUGGGACGAGAAUCACAACUUCAAUUCGCUAAUAGAUUAACAGAACAUGUUGGUGGUGCAAAGAUUUGGUUAAAACGAGAAGAUUUAAAUCAUACAGGUUCACAUAAAAUCAAUAAUGCGAUUGGACAAGCUCUUCUUGCCAAACGUAUUGGAAAAAAGAGAAUAAUUGCAGAAACUGGCGCUGGUCAACAUGGUGUAGCAACAGCAACAGUUUGUGCAAAAUUUGGUUUUGAAUGUGUAAUUUAUAUGGGCAGUGAAGAUGUUCGAAGACAAGCUUUAAAUGUAUUUAGAAUGAGAUUAUUAGGUGCUAAAGUGGUCUCGGUAAAUUCAGGUAGCAAGACAUUAAAAGAUGCUAUUAAUGAAGCUAUGAGAGAUUGGGUAACAAAUGUAAGCGAUACACAUUACCUUGUUGGUUCGGCGAUAGGGCCUCAUCCAUUUCCUACGCUUGUGAGAGAAUUUCAAUCUGUAAUAGGAAAAGAGGCCAGAAAGCAAAUGUUACAGAAAGCUGGUAAAUUGCCCGACGUUGUGAUUGCCUGUGUUGGAGGUGGCAGUAAUGCUAUAGGAACAUUUUAUCCGUUUAUAAACGAUCAAAAUGUUAAAUUCAUUGGUGUUGAAGCUGGUGGUGAUGGUAUAGAUACGGAAUUUCAUUCCGCAACCUUAUCUGCGGGUACACCGGGCGUGCUACACGGAACUCGAACAUAUUUAUUACAAGAUGAUAAGGGUCAGAUUAAAUCAACACACAGUAUUAGUGCCGGUCUAGAUUAUCCAGGUGUCGGACCAGAACAUGCAUGGCUAAAAAAUAUUGGCAGAGCUGAAUAUUCUGCUGUUACCGAUAAGGAAGCUUUAAUUGGUUUUAGAAAGUUGUCAGAAUUAGAGGGUAUAAUUCCAGCACUUGAAACAAGUCACGCGAUUUAUCAAGCACUUAUAGUCGCUCCAAAAAUGCGUAAGGACCAAGAUAUCCUAAUAUGUCUUAGCGGUCGCGGAGAUAAAGAUGUUCAAACUGUCGCUGAAUUUUUACCAAAAUAUGGACCCUCAAUUGGAUGGGAUUUACGAUUUUGA